AAACCCGAGAUCAGGUUCUUUUUGGGUUCUGGCGAUUUCAGCACAUUCCGAAUCAAGUUCGCGUGAUAACUAGCACCGAUCCAUUCCAUACUCUUCAACGCACCUGCCCUUCAGCAAUCUGCUCUCCUCCGCAGCCUCCUCUCGUCCUUCCUUUCUAGGGCAUGGAGAUAGCAGAUGCGUGACAACGAUAAUCGCCUUCGCGCCCUCAUUCUCGCCCAACGCCCGCCCCUCGCGCCAUCCUAUCCUCUCAUCGUCCCCCGUCGUUUGGUCCUCGUUUCGCCGCAGCCCUUGCAACCUUCAUAUAUCGAACAACCACAAAGCCUUCUCAGUGGGAAACCGCAUUCGUGAUAUCGCGGCUCGUUUUCGCUGCUAAGCUGAGCUCCAGCGUAGUGCAGCGAAACCCCGCAGUCUAUCCUGCCGUCACGGGCGAUUCAGCUUGGAAAUCCCUAACUCAGGUUAGGCCUUCUGUCGAAGUCGGAUCUCCUCGCAUUCAUUCCUCGCGCCCCUCACGCCAGCCUAUCCUCUCACCAUCCCGGCUGGCCGUGCUCGUUUAGCCGCCGCGGUCGCAACCCUAACGUGAAGAAUCGGCGAGACCCUUUCGGGAGGAAGCAAGAUCUCAUAUCGCGAAGCGCCUUGGUCUUUCUUGGCGGUUCGAGUUGCGAUCCAGUCAGAGAAACCCUAAAACAGGCUGAAAUGCCGCAGGGGGAGGAGGCACUGAUAAAGAAAAUGAAGGCCCUUGGCGUGCAGCUGGAAGAGACAAGGAAGGAACUGGAGGAGGCUGAGAGAAGAAGAGAAGUGAACCUGAGCAAGCUGAGAGGGGGGGCUUUCAACAGGGAGAAAGAAGUGGAGGCGGGGGAAGGAGAAGCAGCAGAGCUGAGGGGGGAGCUGGGAGCAGUAAAGAGAGCACUGGCUGAACAGAAGAGUUACCUGCUGAAGAUGCAGGAAGACAGGAUCGCUGCAGGAAGGGAGGUGAAAGAGCUGAGAGAAGCUUUGGACAUUGUGCAGGACGAGAAUGAGCAGAGGAAGAAGGACUCUGCAGGAGUGAAGGGGGAACUGGCAGCAGUUAAGGGAGAGUUGACCGAGCUAAAGACCUACUUGUUGAAAAUGGAGGGUGGUCCAACUCAGAGAAUGAAGGCAGAAGUGGACGAGGCUCCUCCUGGGUUGAGCCAAGAGGUCGCAGAUGAGGAGUGGCAGAGGCUAGCCACGGCAGGCAAGAUAGAGUUGGAGGAACUCAGAAAGGGCAAGCCAAAUCAGAAAGAGACGUGGGAGAGAUUCCAAUAUGCAGCAAAGGAGGCCACUCUGGAUCUGGACGAGCUCUCCCACGUGUCAGACGCCAUCCUUGCCUUCGCGUGCACGCUCACAAACCUAAAGAGCCUUCACCUGGGUGAGUUCUCAGACUACAGCGUGGACUGCAUCAAGUACGCCUACAGGCUGCCUCGGCUGGAGAAUCUGACUCUACCCAACGUACAAGACAACGCCUUGGUUGGCAUUGGGGCAGCGAGCCUUCUCAAAACUCUCGCACUCCCCAAAUCCAAGGUGACUGAUGUUGGCCUGCUGCACCUGACAGGCCUCUCAUCACUCACAGGCCUCUGGCUUAGUAGCUGCAUCCAUGUCACAUCUGCUGGCAUGGUGCAUGUCGGAAGACUGACAACUCUGGAGAAGCUGUUCCUAGAUGGCACUAAAGUGAAGGAUGACGGGCUGCAGCACUUGACCUCCCUGACCAAGUUGAGAAUAUUCACAGCACCUUAUAUGGUUACUGACAUUGGUAUGGAGCACAUGAAGCAUUUCACAGCGCUGGUGAAGCUGGAAAUGUCCAUCCCGAGUGUGACUGAGAAGGGAGUGAGGUGCUUGAAGUGUUUGCCUCAUUUGAAGGAGAUUACCACAGACGUAGAUUGCAUGCUACAAUUUGAAACCACCCUUUCUCGAGUGACAGUGCGGACUCUUCCGUUGUACUGAGAACCAGUAGAGCCUUGGGCUUUGUGUUGGUUUGUUGUGUGUUACUCGUUACAUUUUCUGCACGGAACAUACAAAUGCAGUAUAUGCUGUCAAUUGGUACAAGGGUUCAACCGUCUCAACUUCCGCUGCACUACUCCAAGUCUCAAGUCUCUACAAGCUGGGACUUAGUCUCUGCAAAAGAUCCUAAGGGCUUUUCUCAGCCCAACAUGUACAAGGGUUCAACCGUCUCAACUUCCGCUGCACUACUCCAAGUCUCAAGUCUCUACAAGCUGGGACUUAGUCUCUGCAAAAGAUCCUAAGGGCUUUUCUCAGC